GUUACAUUUCUCUCUCUACUUUCUCUCUCACACACACUAAAACACACACAAAACUCCGAUCAGAAUUCCGAUCAGAUCCAUGGAAUAUCGUAAACUAGAUAUCACGGUGAUCUCCGCCGACGGUCUGAAAGACGUAGGUCUUCUCUCCAAGAUGGACGUUUAUGUCACCGUCUUUCUCUCCGACGAUCCUCGUAGCAAGUGCCGUACUCCGGUCGAUAAAGACGGUGGAAAAUCUCCAAAAUGGAAUCACAAAUUGAAUCUCUAUGUAUACGAACAUUCUCUAUCGCACAAUCCAUCACUCAUCUUCAAUAUUCGCGCCGAUCGGAUCAUUUCCGAUAAGGAUAUUGGCGAAGUCGUUGUUCCUAUCAAGGAACUUCUCGAAUCUUCUACCUCCGAUUCGUCAGAACGCGUCGUUGAAUAUGCGGUUCAUACAUCUAAGGGAAAACCGAAAGGAACAUUGAAAUUUGCUUACAAAUUCGGUGAGAAAUCAACACAAUCGGUGCCGGAAUUCAAGACUGCUGAACCAAUGGCUGCUUAUCCAGCUUAUACAGGUGGUCCUAGUGCAGGUUAUGGUGGUCCGCCGCCUGUUUAUGGAACUGCACAUGCAUAUCAAGCAGGACCUCCUCCACCGCAAGGAUAUGGUUAUCCACAACAGGCAGCUUAUGGUUAUCCUCCUCAACAACAGGGUUAUGGUGGCUAUCCACCACAACAGGGAUAUGGUGGGUAUCCACCACAACAGGGAUAUGGUGGAUAUCAACAACCACAGAAGAAGAAAAAUAAUAUGGGGUUAGGGUUAGGAUUGGGAGCUGGUUUAUUGGGAGGAUUGUUGGUUGGAGAUAUGAUUUCAGAUAUGGGUGAUUCUUCUGGUGGGUUUGAUGGUGGGUUUGAUUUUUGAAGUUUUGAUGAAGAUUGUGAUGAUGGGGAUGAUUAUUGAAGGGGCACUUUCUUGGUUCUUUAUUAUGGUAUGAACUUAGGUUUUAUAUUCAGCAAAUGAAAAAAAAAGAACUUACUUUUAUGUAGAUAUGAGGUUUACUUUGGUUCUAAUGAUAUGAUUUUGAUUGUUAAUAAAUUAUUUGGUGUUUCAAUUGCAAUUGAAUUUGAC